AUGUCUAUCAGGCUCCGGCAGCUGAUCCGAAAGGUGCGGUCGUGCAAGACGGCCGCAGAGGAACGGGCGGUCAUCGCCACCGAGGGCGCGCUGAUCCGGACCGCCUUCAAGGAAGGGAACGAUCCCACCCGGGCGAGGAAUGUGGCCAGGCUGCUCUACAUGCACAUGUUCGGGGAGGACGGCUACCCGUCACACUUCGGGCAGAUGGAGUGCAUCAAGCUCAUCGCCAGCCCCGGCUUCCCCGACAAGCGCGUGGGGUACCUGGGCCUGAUGCUGCUGCUGCAGGAGAAGGACGAGGUGCUGAUGCUGGGGACCAACUCCCUCAAGAGCGACCUGUCCCAUCCGAUGCCACAGGUUGUCGGACUGGCCUUGUGUGCGGUGGGGAACCUGGCUACCCCCGACAUGUCCCGAGACUUGGCCAUGGAAGUGGACAAGCACCUGAAGCCAGGCUCCAGCUCGAACAUGAGGAAGAAGGCCGCUUUGUGUACGAUUCGCGUGCUGAAGAAGUGCCCGGAGCUGGUGGAAGACUUCAUCGAGCGUGUCGUUGUGCUGCUGGUGGAGCGCAGCCACGGUGUGGUCAUGUGCGGAGUCCAGUUGCUGAUCGCCAUCCUGGAGAUAGACGAGGCUCACGCAGAGGCGGUGGUGAAGGUGGUGCCUUCCCUGGUGAGGCUCAUGAGGAACCUGCUCAGCACCGGGUUCUCGUCGGAGUACGACGUGGCCGGCGUUACGGACCCUUUCCUACAGGUGCAAGUGUUGCGGCUGCUCCGGUUGCUGGGACAGUACAGCCAGGACGCUUCGGAAGAGGUCAACAGCGUCCUCUCUCAGGUGGCGACGACGACGGAAACGGCGAAAAACUCUGGGAACGCCAUCCUCUACGAGUGUGUCCGAACCAUCAUGAAGCUGGAGAGCGAGAGCAGCCUGCGGUCCAUGGCUGUCAACAUUCUCGGCAGGUUUCUUUUGCAUCGUGACAACAACAUGCGCUACGUGGCGCUGAGAACCCUUGGCAAGGUGGUGUCGCAGGACUUGGCCAGCGUCCAGAGGCAUCGAGGGACAAUCGUGGAAUGCCUAAAGGAUCCCGAUCCGUCUAUCCGGGUGAGGGCCCUGGACCUCAUCUUCCAGCUGGUCAGCAGGAACAACGCCAGAGCCUUGGUGGCGGAGCUCCUGAAUUACCUCGUAGUCGCGCCUUCGGAUCAGAAGCGGGAUACGUGCAGCAGAAUUUUGCAGGUGCUGGAGGACCACUCUCCUUCGGGUAGGUGGAGGGUGGACACGCUGCUGAGCAUGCUUGGGAUAGCGGGCGCGGAAUGCGACCGCAGCAUCCCGUCCGCCGCUGUGGUGUACGUGACGCAGAACGAGGAUCUGCACGCUCACGCGGCCCACAAGACCUUCAGGAUGAUCAAGAGCGAUCUCAGCCAGAAGGCGCUUACCCUUGCCGGGGUCUGGUUCGCGGGGGAGUACGGCGACCUCUUGCUGCGGCCUUGCGCCGCCCUUCCCGCGGAGGAGGGAGUGGAGGGAGAGGAAGGCGUCGACGGCGCGGCGGACCACAACAGCGACCGCACGACAAGAGGCUACGUCUUGACGGCCCUGACCAAGCUUGCCGAGCGGCUAGGCGAGGACCAGGAGGACGCGAUCGAGGGCUUGCUGCAAACUUACAGCGGUUCCAUGAACCUCGAGCUACAGGCGAGAUCCUGCGAGUUCGGCCAGCUGUUGCGACCAGAGCUGGGCGAGCUCAGGAAGGGGAUGCUUGAUCGGAUGCCGGUUGCCGACGAGGAGACCGUCCGCAAUCGAAGAGCCCGCUUCCGAAACGAGGAUGACGACGACGAAGGGCGUGGCCUGCCGUCUUUCAGAAUCUCGAAGGCCAGCAAGCACAGGCGAGGGGGAAGCGGCAGCAGCGGCAGCGGCGCGGCGGCGGCAUCGGCGAGGGCGGCGAGGGCGGCGCUAGGGGCGGGGAAGAAGACGGUGCAACCUCUGGCGGGCCCGGCCGCCUCCGCCGGGGGAAUUAUCAGCAGCGGGGCCCCAUCCAGGCAGGAACAGGCGGCCGCGGUGCCGAACUUGCUUGACUUGGACGACCUGUUCGGCGGAGGGCCCGGGGAUUCUGCGGCGGCGGUGGCGGCGGCUCCGGGGGGGGAAGGAAAAGCGGCGACGGUGGACCUGAUGGCCGAUAUUUUUUCUGCGAAGCCUGCCCAGCCACCGGCGGCGGCGGGUGUCGUCGACCCCUUCGCUCCAACACCGGCACCGGCCACCGCCGCUAACGGCAGCGGCGGUGGAGUUGGUACGACACUCGCAGCGGCGGCGGCGGCGGCGGCGCCGGGAAGAGAAGCGGCGCCCGCGGUAACGGCGGCAGCGACGUCGGGUCAGCCACCGCCGCCCUCGUUUGUCGCGUUCGAGAAGGGUGGCCUGACGGUGACCUUCGAGCUGUCCAAGCCGUCUCCGACGGAGGACCCGUCGACCACUCUCGUCAAGGCCAUCUUCCGGCAUUCCGGAGCCAGGGGCAGAAGAACCUGUUGA